GAUGGACUGUAUGGUUACAAAAGGUUCUGUGUAGCAAUUAUGCACAUGCUUGUUACAUUUGAAGCACCUGGAAACAUUUGAACUGAUGUGAGAUCAUUGAGGCAGUGUUAUUUUAUUACAAGUUUAGUAUUAAAGAUGGUAUGCAGGGGUGUAUGGGUUUUUACCCCCCACUAACUCUCAGUGCCCCAGAAAAAACGCAGUUGGACAAUGAGUUAUGUGUCGCCAUUUAAUGAUUCGUUAAUGGUAAUAAGUUUUUAAAAAGCACAGUUAAGAUUAAAACUUUUCUCUGUGAUGCUGGAUGACAUCACAAGAGGUACCCGAAUGGAAUUGGCGAAUACUAUGGCAGAGGAGAUUUUUGCUUCAUUUUUAGGUAGAGUCUAAAGCUCUUGAGAUGCAAGAGGUUAAACUUUUUAUGCUCCACCUUGAUACCAAACUAUGAUAAAGGGCUGGGUUACAUGAAGUCUUCAUUCUAAACCCUUGAAAUGGACAGUGAAGUUAUCGUGUCCCCCUCAUCGGCCUCCCCUCAAGCUCCCGCCACCCGGUCCAGCUUAGCUGCAAAGCAGCGAGAAAGCAGGAGGUCCACGGCCACAACUCCCACCUUUCUCUCCAACCUGGGUAGGGCCACCCUGCGGGGCAUCCGCAAGUGCCCUCAAUGCGGGGUCUACAACGGUACCCGUGGGCUCAGCUGCAAGAACAAAGCCUGCGGCGUGACCCUCAGAGAUGCCUCGGCGGGCUGUAAAAGCGGCAAGAAAGGCGCGGUGGCGGUGGCGGUGGUGAGGGUGAUAACCGACAGCGAAGAGGAGAGUUUCGGAAAGGAGCAGGAGGCAGGAGGCGCGCAGGUGUUUUCGGUGUGCCACAGAGGAAGAGGAACCACGCAGUGGGGCUUCGUGGAGCUGGUUCCCACGGAUACGGCCAUAGCGACCGGGGAUGGAGCCACCCUGCUCACGCGCAUCAACCUGGGCCGCUGCUUCCUGCCCUCAUGCAGGCAGGGUGAGAGGUCAAGCAAGCGCGAGCCAGACUCGGCGUCGACGGAGCCGUCCUCCGACAGCCUCUGCGUCCACAUCAAGCAGGCCAUAGACUGCCGGAGCCGCGCCACGCCGCUCACCUUCAAGAGCUCCGUCCUGGAGGCCUUACAGGCUUCCGUCCAGGCCAGGGAGGAGCUGUGGGGGCUGGCCACGGAGUCCCCCGGGCCUCUGGUGCAGCGGGUUUCUAAAGACACCCUGGUGGUGAAGUGCCACACGGACUCGCAGCAUCCGCUGGGCCUGCUGCACCUGACCGUGGCUCCGAUGGAAACGCAGAAGAACAACAGGAGCGUGUUUCACUGCAGCUGCCAGCUCAGCGCGGGAAGGAUGAAACAUGGCGCGGACGGAGCUGGCUCUCUCCCGGCCGCUUCCCAGCCCUGCCUUCACUUUUACGCCUGCGUGUGCGCCUUCUCAAGCAACGAGAAGCUGGCCGCAGAGUUUGCGGCUUUCGUCAACUAUUCUUCAGUUGUGCAGCAGAACGCCGCCGGUGAUAAACCCCCGCAGCAGGCCCAACCCAACAACUCCCCCCUCAAAGUGAAGAAGCAGCGUCUGGACGAGCCUGCCUCCGUGGCGGGGAAAGAAGGCGCCUGCGCUCUGAGGAAAGCCGGUCAGAGGAAACCUGCCGGGGGCCUGAAGGCUGCAGGCAGCGCUCAGGUUGUGGACGAGCUCUCAGUGACCAUGGGCUUCCAGCAGUGGCUUGCCAGCGUGACCGAGAGGAUCCAUCAGACGAUGCACUACCAGUUUGACGGGAAGCCCCAGCCGUUGGUCUACCACAUCCCCCAGGAGUUCUUCAACGCCCUCCAGCAGCGUCUGUCGCUGGGCUCUAAGAAGAGAAGACUGCCCAACCUCACAACAGCGUUUGUGAGGAGCGACGGACUUCCUCUGGGCUCUUUCUCCAAGUACACCUGGCACUUCACCAAUCUGCUGCACGUCAAACACAUUUUCGACACUCCGGAGCUGCCACUGGAGGUCACUCAGAGUUUUGUAAGGAAUCUGGACGGCUCCUACUCUCGCUUCCACCUGCCCGAGCUGCCGCCUGACCCAGAAUCAUUACACGGAUACAGGAUGGAGCGUCCGCCGACCAUACGACCAAUGGAGCACCGCACUUUCCUCAAAGUCGGACCGAGUUCUGGGGACCAGGAGUCCAGCCCCUUUGUGAUCGAGUGGAUCCCUGACGUUCUGCCUCGCUGUCAGAUGGGAGAGCUCAGGAUCAGCUUUGAAUUUGGCCACCAGCAGAGCGGCCAAUCGGAGUGCCAGGAGAAAGCGGGCGGGGCGGAGAAAAAAGCUCGCAGAAAGUCGGACGGCUCUCAGCCCAAAGUCCCGAAGAGUGUCGACGUUCUUCAGGUGGUUGUUUAACAGCCGCCAUGUUCCUUCCACUGUAACCGUAGCAAUCGCAUACCGAGAACUGGAACGUGUGACCUCCGCAUAAAUCCGUUUCCUAGUAUUGACAUAUGCAAAAUAUGGAGAAUAAACUGCCAAGCAGGUUAUGGUU